ACACGAAAUUAAACAGAGAAACUCAAGGAGAGGCACGUGUGUGGGAGCUGCUGCAGAGUGGUGUUUAAGAAGAAAUGAAGGUUUUGUUUAUUCAAGACAGAUUCUUCACGUUUUCUCACAAUGUUUACGAAAAAGGUCAAACUGGACUUGGAGGCUUUCUCCUGUUCGGUGUGUCUGGGUCUCCUGAAGGAUCCGGUGACUAUUCCCUGUGGACACAGCUACUGUAUGAGAUGUAUUAAAGAGUUCUGGGAUGGAGAAGGUCACAGGAGAGUCUACAGCUGUCCUCAGUGCAGGAAGAACUUCGCACCAAGACCACUUCUGGUAAAAAGCACCAUGUUAGCAGAGUUAAUGGAGGAGCUGAAGAAGAGUGACCAACAAGCUGCUCUGUGCUAUGAUGGAGCUGAAGAUGUGUCCUGUGACGUCUGCUCUGUCAGGAAACUGAAAGCUGUCAAGUCCUGUCUGGAUUGUUUGGCCUCUUAUUGUGAAAAACACCUCCGACCUCACCAUGAAGCUCCACCAUUACAGAAACACCAGCUGGUGGAGCCCUCCAAGAAGCUCCAGGAGAACAUCUGUCCUCGUCAUGAUGAGGUGAUGAAGAUCUUCUGUCGUACUGAUCAGCAGUGUAUCUGUUAUCUCUGCUUAAUGGACCAACAUAAAGAACAUGAAACUGUCUCAGCUGCAGCAGAAAGAGCUGAGAAGCAGAAGGAGCUGGAGGAGAUCCGACAACAAAUCCAGCAGAGAAUCCAGGAGCGAGAGAAAGAUGUGAAGCUGCUCCAACAGGAGGUGGAGGCCAUCAAUGUCUCUGCUGAUAAAACAGAGGAGGACAGUGAGAAGAUCUUCACUCAGCUGAUCCGUCUCAUCCAGAAAAGAAGCUCUGAUGUGAAGCAGCAGCUCAGAUCCCAGCAGGAAACUGAAGUGAGUCGAGUCAAAGAGCUUCAGGAGAAGCUGGAGCAGGAGAUGACUGAGCUGAAGAGGAAAGACGGCCAGCUGGAGCAGCUCUCACACACAGAGGAUCACAACCAGUUUCUCCACAACUACCCCUCAGUGUCAGCACUCAGUGAGUCUCCACACUCAUCCAGCAUCAAGACUCGUCCUCUCAGAUACUUUGAGGACGUGACGGCAGCUGUGGACCAGCUCAGAGACAACAUACUGGACGUCCUGUGGGACUCUGAAGUGCAGGUUUUACUAACAAAUCCAGAACCAAAGAGCAGAUCUGAGUUCCUCAAAUAUUCACAGGAACUCACUCUGGAUCCAAACACAGCUCACAAACAGCUGGUUUUAUCUGAGGGGAACAGAAAAGCAACAUUAAUGGAACAACAACAGUUUUAUCCUGAUCAUCCAGACAGGUUCACUGAUUAUAUUCAGGUUCUGAGCAGAGAGAGUCUGAGUGGUCGUUGUUACUGGGAGGUGGAGUGGAGCGGCAGAGCUGCUUAUUUUUCUGUUUCAUAUAAAGAUAUCAGGAGAGAUGGGGAUCGUAGUGAUUGCAGAUUUGGAUGGAAUAACACAUCCUGGGCCUUACGAUGUGUCUCAGACUGGUAUUCAUUUUGGCACAAUAACACCAGCAGUCCAGUCUCAGUUCCUGGUUUCUCCAGGAUCGGAGUGUACCUGGACCACACAGCAGGUGUUCUGUCCUUCUACAGGGUCUCUGACACCAUGACCCUCCUCCACAGAGUCCAGACCACCUUCACUCAGCCGCUCCACGCUGGAGUUGGACUUGUAGAUUUUGGAACAACAGCUGAGCUCAUUAGAACCCAACAGUGACUGGAAUCAUGUUUGUUUGAUGUUUUAGGUCACGAUUUUAACUCUCCUGAUCCCCCAUCAGUUCCCACUCAAUCAGUUCCAGUUCAGAGUUUGUGUUGAGAAAAACUUUCGUGGAUCAUUCUGACCUGAGACCAGCAGGAGGGUUCAGAAGACUUUUAGAACAUUUUAGAAUUGAUGACCUUCAGGUGUUUCUUGUGUUUGUUGAUGAAACAAAGUUAACAGAUGUCGGCCAUGUUGGUAUUGUUUUUAAAAAAUUGGGGAAAUAUGUUGGAGGCAGAGCCAGAACUCUGCAGGGAUUUAUAUCCUCUCUGGACUGGGAAUACUUUGGGAUCCUCCAGGAGGAGGUCUGGUUUUCUCUACUGGACCUGGUACCUCUGGAACCCGAUGGAUCAGCUGCAGGAGCAGAUGACUCAGAAAGAUGCUAGUUCUAAAUUAUGUUUAUGUUUUAAUAUUUGUUUAGUUUCAUUAAUGGUGUUCUGUAUUGUUGCUUUGUAGUGAGUUAGAUUUAAUUCAAUAAAUUGCUCAGUGCUGCUGUUAUCAUUUAAA